AUGGUGGACAAAAGUCCUCCUCUUUCCUUCGAUGGUGUUGCAAUUCCUGUCUGGGAUGCAGUUACUUUUGAUGAUGUACAUGUGAACUUCACUGAGGAAGAGUGGAAUUUGCUGGAUCCUUCCCAGAAGAAUCUCUACAAAGAUGUGAUGUUGGAAACCUACCUGAACCUCAAAGCUAUAGGCUGUAAUUGGGAAGACCAUCAUCUUGAAGACCAUUUUCAAAGUAUUAGAAGACAUGAAAGGCAUGUAAGAAGAUAUACUGGAGUGAAACCCUAUGAGUGUAAUAUAUGUGGUAAAGCCUUUACAAGAUCCAGUCAUCUUAAAUAUCAUAAAACAACACAUACUGGAGAGAAACUUUAUGAAUGCAAUCAAUGUGGUAAAGCCUUUGCAAGACCCAGUUAUCUACAAAGACAUAAAAUGACACAUAUUAGAGAGAAACCUUAUGAAUGUAAUCAAUGUGGUAAAGCCUUUGCAAGACCUGGUGAUCUCCAAUAUCAUAAAAGAACACAUACUGGAGAGAAACCUUAUGAAUGUAAUCAAUGUGGUAAAGCCUUUGCACACAACAGUGAUCUCCAAAGACAUAAAAGAACACAUACUAGAGAGAAACCUUAUGAGUGCAAUCAAUGUGGUAAAGCCUUUGCACAGCGCAGUCAUCUCCAAAUACAUUAAAGAACACAUACUGGAGAGAAACCUUAUAAAUGUAGUCAAUGUGGUAAAGCCUUUGCACAGCACAGUAAUCUCCAAUAUCAUAUAAAAACACAUACUGGAGAGAAACCUUACGAAUGCAAUCAAUGUGGUAAAGCCUUUGCAGUACCCAGUCAUCUCCAAUAUCAUAAAAGAACACAUACUGGAGAGAAACCUUAUGAAUGUAAUCAAUGUGGUAAAGCCUUUGCACAGCACAGUGAUCUCCAAAGACAUAAAAGAGCACAUAAUGGAGAGAAACCUUAUGAGUGCAAUCAAUGGGGUAAAGCCUUUGCACAGCGCAGUCAUCUCCAAUAUCAUAAAAGAACACAUACUGGAGAGAAACCUUAUAAAUGUAGUCAAUGUGGUAAAGCCUUUGCAACAUGCAGUCAUUUCCAAAGACAUGAAAGAACACAGCUACUACAGAGAACUUAUAAAUGUAGUCAAUGUGGUAAAGCAUUUUCAAAAGUAAGUAAUCUCCAAAGGCAUGUAAGAAGUCAUACUGGAGAGAAGCCAUAUGAAUGUAAUCAAUGUGGUAAAGUCUUAGCAAAUCUCAGUAAUCUACAAAGACAUAAAAUGACACAUACUGGAGAGAAACCUUAUGAAUGUAAUCAGUGUGGUAAAGCCUUUGCAAUACUGAGUUAUCUCCAAUGUCAUAAAAUAAAACAUACUGGAGAGAAACCUUAUGAAUGUAAUCAAUGUGGUAAAGCCUUUACAAGACUGAUUAAUCUCCAAUAUCAUAAAAGAACACAUACUGGAGAGAAACCUUAUGAAUGUAAUCAAUGUGGUAAAGCCUUUGCAAGACUGAGUAAUCUCCAAUAUCAUAAAAGAACACAUACAGGAGAGAAACCUUAUAAAUGUAGUCAAUGUGGUAAAGCCUUUGCACAGCACAGUACUUUGCAAUAUCAUAAAAGAACACAUACUGGAGAGAAACCUUAUGAAUGUAAUCAAUGUGGUAAAGCCUUUGCACAGCACAGUACUUUGCAAUAUCAUAAAAGAACACAUACUGGAGAGAAACCUUAUGAAUGUAAUCAAUGUGGUAAAACCUUUGCAACAACCAGUCAUCUCCAAUAUCAUAAAAGAACACAUACUGGAGAGAAACCUUAUGCAUGUAAUCAAUGUGGUAAAACCUUUGCAACAACCAGUCAUCUCCAAUAUCAUAAAAGAACACAUACUGGAGAGAAACCUUAUGCAUGUAAUCAAUGUGGUAAAGCCUUUACAGGUCACAGUACUCUCCAAAGACAUAAAAGAACACAUACUGGACAGAAACCUUAUGAAUGUAGUCAAUGUGGUAAAGCCUUUGCAACACGCAGUCAUCUCCAAAGACAUGAAAGAAUACAGGCUGGAGAAGAGUCUAAUGAAUAUGGUUCUUAUGAUGAUUUGGCAAAGAAUGUUGCCUAUUUCCCUUGUUUGCAUAAUCUCCUAGAGAUUAAGGAUGCAGUGACUUUGGAUGAUGUGCUUGUGACAUUCACUGUGGAAGAGUGGGAUAUGCUGGAUUCUUCCCAGAAGAGUCUCUACAAAGAUGUGAUGUUGGAGACGUACCUGAAUCUUACUGCUAUAGGCUACAAUUGGGAAGAUCAUCAUAUUGAAGAACAUUGUGAAAAUUCUAGAAGACAUGAAAGAUCAGUUUUAGGGUUUGUAUUCGCUGCUGCUGCUGCUGCUGCCCUUAAAUUCUCUAGCGAUGACUCACUUUACCACCGAGAAGUUGUUGAUGGGAUAAGCUAUGAAGACCCCUUGUGUAUGGCUCUUGCCUUAAUAGCCGUCUGUUUCUCUGCAUUCAUAGCUGUGCUACUCUGUGUCUUUGUCAAGCACCAUGACACUCCUAUUGUGAGGGCCAAUAACAGAAUCCUCAGCUCCGAUGCAGUGACUUUGGAUGAUGUGCUUGUGACAUUCACUGUGGAAGAGUGGGAUAUGCUGGAUUCUUCCCAGAAGAGUCUCUACAAAGAUGUGAUGUUGGAGACGUACCUGAAUCUCACUGCUAUAGGCUACAAUUGGGAAGACCAUCAUAUUGAAGAACAUUGUGAAAAUUCUCGAAGACAUGAAAGGCAUGUAAGAAGCCAUACUGGAGAGAAGCCAUAUGAAUGUAAUCAAUGUGGUAAAGUCUUAGCAAAUCUCAGUAAUCUACAAAGACAUAAAAUAACACAUACUGGAGAGAAACCUUAUGAAUGUCAUCAGUGUGGUAAAGCCUUUGCACAGCGCAGUUAUCUCCAAUGUCAUAAAAGAACACAUACUGGAGAGAAACCUUAUGAAUGUGAUCAAUGUGGUAAAGCCUUUGCAAGACUGAGUAAUCUCCAAUAUCAUAAAAGAACACAUACUGGAGAGAAACCAUAUGAAUGUAAUCAAUGUGGUAAAGCCUUUGUAAAACUGAGUAAUCUCCAAUGUCAUAAAAUAACACAUACUGGAGAGAAACCUUAUAAAUGUAGUCAGUGUGGUAAAGCCUUUGCACAGCACAGUACUUUCCAAUGUCAUAAAAGGAAACACACUGGAGAUAAACUUUACGAAUGCAAUCAAUGUGGUAAAGCCUUUGCAAUACCCAGUCAUCUCCAAAGACAUAGAAGAACACAUACUGGAGAGAAACCUUAUGAAUGUAAUCAAUGUGAUAGAACCUUUGCAACAACCAGUCAUCUCCAAUAUCAUAAAAGAACACAUACUGGAGAGAAACCAUAUGCAUGUAAUCAAUGUGGUAAAGCCUUUUCAGGUCACAGUAAUCUCCAAAGACAUAAAAGAACACAUACUGGAGAGAAACCUUAUGAGUGUAAUCAAUGUGGUAAAACCUUUGCACAGCACAGUACUUUCCAAUAUCAUAAAAGGAAACAUACUGGAGAGAAACCUUACGAAUGCAAUCAAUGUGGUAAAGACUUUACAAGACCCAGUGAUCUCCAAAGACAUAAAAGAACACAUACUGGAGAGAAACCUUAUGAGUGCAAUCAAUGUGGUAAAGCCUUUGCAAGACCCAGUGAUCUCCAAAGACAUAAAAGAACACAUACUGGAGAGAAACCUUAUGAAUGUAAACAAUGUGGUAAAGCCUUUUCACAUCAGAGUAGUCUCCAAAGUCAUAAAAGAACACAUACUGGAGAGAGACCUUAUAAAUGUAGUCAAUGUGGUAAAGCCAUUGCAACAUGCAGUCAUCUCCAAAGACAUGAAGGAACACAGGCUGGAGAAGAAUCUAAUUAA